CAAAGUCGCUAUCGCUGAUGCUCCAUUGUCUAACCGCCCCCCCUUCCCCUCCCUCAACCCGCCCUCCGCACCUCGUCCUUUUACAGACCAACUUCCAGGGGCGAGUCUUCAUGACCCAUGCCACGAAAGCCGUGUAUCGCCUACUGCUCUCUGACUUUGUGCGAGUCAGCAAGGUGGCUGUGGAUGAUGCUCUGUUCACGGAGCAAGAUAUUCAACAGAGCAUGGAGAAGAUCGAGGUGAUUGAUUUCCAUCAGAUUCAUGAGGCGAACGGCAUCAAGUUCUGGUGCAACACAGCAGGGCACGUGCUGGGAGCGGCCAUGUUCCAGCCUACACGCUUUGGCACGUGCUUAGAGCAGCCAUGUGCCACAUGCUCUGUCUCACCCUCCUUCCCGCUCUCGCCCCUCCCCUUCCACCAGGUGAUUGACUUCCAUCAGAUUCACGAGGUGAACGGCAUCAAGUUCUGGUGCUACACGGCGGGCCACGUGUUGGGAGCGGCGAUGUUUGCGGUGGAUAUAGCGGGAAUCAGAGUGCUCUAUACGGGGGAUUACUCGCGCGAGGAGGACCGCCACUUGCGGGCGGCCGAAGUGCCACCUUUUUCGCCGGAUCUCUGUGUUAUCGAGUCAACCUUCGGCGUGCAGAUUCACGAGCCCAGGGAAGUGAGGGAGCGCCGGUUCCUCGAUUUCGUUGUGGGUACCGUCCUCAAUGGAGGGAGGGUGCUCAUUCCGGCCUUUGCCCUGGGAAGAGCACAGGAGCUGCUGUUGAUUCUGGAUGAGCACUGGAGGGGCCACCCGGAGGUGCAGCACGUGCCGCUGCUCUAUGCCUCUCCACUCGCACGGAAGACAAUGGUGGUGUAUCGCACAUAUUUGAGCGCCAUGAACGACCGCAUUCGCGAGCAAGCAGAGGUGUCCAACCCGUUUGACUUCCGCUUCAUCAAGUCUCUUCGGAGCAUUGCUGAAUUCGAGGACACGGGUCCCGCUGUGGUGAUGGCCAGUCCUGGCGGGCUGCAGAGCGGAUUAUCCCGACAGCUCUUCGACAUGUGGUGCCAGGACGCGAGAAACACGUGUUUGAUCCCAGGAUAUGUCGUCGAAGGCACGCUAGCCAAGACUAUCUUGAGUGAGCCCAAUGAGGUGACUCUGCAAUCCGGCGCCACAGUGCCUCUCCGCAUGAAGGUCCACUACGUGUCCUUCGCAGCACAUGCCGACUACCCGCAGACCUCCCACUUCCUGGAGCAAAUCCGCCCUCCCCACAUAGUGCUGGUGCACGGGGAGGCGCACGAGAUGGCGCGGCUUAAAGCCAAGCUUGCACUGCAUUUUAAAGAUUCGCCCGCGCCGCCGAGUAUACACACGCCGAAGAACUGUCAGGGCGUGGAGUUUUUUUUCAAAGGGGAGAAGAUUGCGAAGGUGGUGGGGAGGAUUGCGGAGAAGGGGGGGGUGAUGGCGCCUGGCCCGUUCGAACCCGUUAUAAGGCGCCUGGAGAUGCUGUUCGACUCGGUCGUGCUUAUAAAGGACGCGGGCGUGCCUGCAGUGCAGGUGCAUGAGAAGGUGAUUGUAGCGAGGGAGGGGGAGGAUAGGGUGGUGCUGCAGUGGGCGUCGGAGCCUGUGGGAGAUAUGCUGGCAGAUUCGAUUGUGGCUCUGAUUCUGCAGCUGGAAUCCGGGCGGCAGACUGGGAAGGAUCUGACGCUGCUGACGUCAGCAGGAGGGAGAGGAGGAAGAGGAGUGAAGGUGGAAGGUGGGGGGAGGGAGGGAGGAGAGAAGGUGGUGAAGGGAGAGGAACUAGAUGAAAAGACAGGAGCUUUGGUUGCUGGAGAAAGUGAUAAGAAGGGGAAAGAGAAGGGCAAGGAGGGCGGAGGGGGCAAGGAGGAAAGUCAAGAGGUGGGGAAGGAGGAAGAUAAAUCGAAGGCUCUGGCGAAGGGAGAGGAGGGACAAGGGGACGGAGUUGGAGAGGGGGAGGGAGAAGGGGAGGAAGGAGGGAAGUGGAGGUGGCUCAGAGAGGACGAGAUGAAGCACUUGGAGCGAGUGCUAGAGAGUAUGUUUGGGGGAGUGAAGAGGGACGGCGAGGAGCGGUUGAGAGUGAGUGUGGAUGGGGUGGAGGUGAGUGUGAGAGUGGGGGAGGGAGGAGGGGAGGUGGAGUGUGCGGAGGAGGGGUUGAAGAAGAGAGUGAGGGAGGCUGUGAACCGGUUUCUAGCUGCCGUUCGCCCUAUCCCUCCGCCCGUUGGUUCUGCCGUAGGCUUGAAGAAAGCUUAG